AUGGGGACAAAAAAGAAAGAGAAGGGAAUUCCGGCGAAUCGCAGAAGCGUUCCACCUCCGCCACCUAUGCCUCCUAAGCCAACCAAAAUUCGACGGCGAACGAGCGAGGUUGCCGGCGGUGCGACGGCAGAGUGCGCGGCGGUGUUCUGCUGCUUGCCGUGCGCCGUUAUGGACCUGCUGGUUCUGGCGACGUACAAGUUGCCGGCGGGGCUGGUGAAGAAGGCGAUGAUGAAGAGAGACCGGCAGCGCAUGCAGAAGAAGAAGAGGACGCAGACGCAGAACAAGCAAAACGGCGGCGUCGGCGUGAUGGCGCCAGAGAAUGAGAAGAAGGAAGGGCUGACGCUGCUGGAGGAGCACCUGGCGACGGAGGAGGUGAAUAGGAAAUCGGCGGCGGAGAAGGAUGAUAUGGAAGAAGAAAUGUGGGCCCAAUUUAACGGAAUGGGGUUCUGGAGAAGCACUUCGCAACGCAGUUUGCAACUGCCUCAACUAACUCAGCAAAUGUCCAAACUGCAAACAGCUGGCGAUGAGGAUCGCAUUGUCUUAGGAGGGAAUGGCUUUGUUGGUUCUGCCAUAUGCAAGGUAGCAGUACCCAAGGUCAUAGAAGUUAUAAGCCUAAGCAGGCUUAACUCGCAUUAUUGA